AUGAGCUGCUGUUAUGGGUCCGUGCCUCAGGAGGUCCGGCCUGGUACAGCACGGGUCCUGGUGACUGAGCUGAGUGGAUCAGGCCAUAUCAACCCAACUCCUGCCACAAAACCCUGUGAGGACCCUGAGGCAGCAGUGGAGCUGUUCCUCUCUCCAGAGAAGCUGGAAUCGCUGUGUGGAACCCGGGACUUCUCUCAUGUGACCUCGCUGGAGAUCUGUGUAGACACCCAAGAAAACACCCUGGGUAACUUUGGUGCCUUCUUGCCAAAGCUGGUGCAGCUGAAAAUGAACAACAGUGUGAUAGUGUCAGUAAGAGACCUGGGAACCACCCUUUCCCACCUGCAGGUGCUGUGGAUGUCUCGCUGCUGCCUACAAGACCUAGAUGGCAUUUCUACCUUCUCUUCUCUUAAGGAGUUGUACAUGGCCUAUAACAGUGUGUCAGACCUGAGUCAGAUUGGCAUGCUGGAGAACCUGCAGCUGUUAGAUCUGGAAGGGAAUGAUGUGGAUGACUUAGUCCAGGUCCAGUAUCUGGGGUUGUGUGGCAAACUCCAGACACUCACCCUGGAGGGAAAUCCUGUAUGUGUGCGCCCAAACCCCACUGCUACUCAGACAGCAGACUAUAGAUAUCGGGCUGCAGUGAGGGAGUUGGUUCCUCAGCUGCGUUACCUGGACGAUUUAAGGGUGGAGGAGGACGGGCUGAGCUACAACAGCACCAUGGGAGAAGACUGGGCCAUUCUUCGAAACUCCAUCAGAGACUUCAACUCCUCUCGGGGUGCUACUGAAGGCGAGGAGACAGCAGACAGUGUGGAUCCUUACAGCAGACCCGGCUCAGCCAGACGCCCUGCUUCCAGCCGCUCCUGCGUCUGGCCACUCUCGUCCUCAUGCUCCAGACCCCACACUGGCUCCAGACCCAUGUCAGCGACCAGGUCUGGAAUUCUCUCCCCUCCUGGGUCCAGACCUGGUUCUGCAGACUCAGAUCUUGCAGCGGUGGAAGCAGAAACCAGCACCCUGACACAUGGAGCUGGUAAGAUCCUGUUCUGUGGAAACCCAGUGCAGGCUAUUCGAGCAAGGCGAGAGAAGCUGAGGACGGCACCUACCCGGUCUGCUUUCACCCCCCGUGACCAUCCCAUCCAUGUGCCGGAGCACACGUAUGACCUUGAGGAAACUGAUGUUAGAGAACGCGGCGAUGUGUUUGCUGAGCUUAGAGCUUGGAGGGAGCAGCACAGCAGGCGUCUCCAGGCCAUAGAAGCAGAAAGAUUACCACAGGUCCUGGCUAUUCAGCACAGUGAUGAAGAAGAGGAGGAAGAUGAUGAUGAUGAUGAAGAAGAAGGUUUUGGUGGUAUGAGGAACAACAGUAGUGAUGAAGAACAUGGAGAGGAGAAGCAUAGUGGCAGCCUAGAUACUGCCUCACCAGAUUCCUCAUUCCAGUCUCUUUCCCCAGACCUGCAUCACAGAGAGGCCUUAUCCCCUGACGUGUCUCAACUGUCCCUGUCCCCAGACACCAUGCUAUCCCCUUCUCCUCCCGUCAGUGCCACUGUGGCUUCUAGUAAUCGGAAAACACAAGGGAUUCGUGCACGUAGGCUUCGACUCAGCCAGGCCAGUUCAGAACAUUUACCUGAUUCCAGUAGAGCAGGGUGCUCCCAUGGGACAGGUACAACAGCAGGAGACACAGACAGGACACUUCAGAAAGUCCAGCAUGCGGCAAGGACCAAUGUGCCUUUGUUACCUCAGGCUGCACACAUACCCCGCCCACCACCACCAAGUGCCCUGAGGAAGGGACUUGUGGAUUCAUGUGUGGACAUGGACUUAUCCAGUGCACAGCCUAGCAACAAGCACCUUCACACUCCUCAGAUGUCCAGACUCCAGAAUAGACCAGCAAUUACUCGUCCUCACACAGCCAGGGCAGCUCUACAGAAACACCACCAGCACCACUUACUCCAGCCCUACAGAGGGAGCCCACACCCAGACUGACACCUGAAUGGGUUGAUGUUUGGCUGCCUGGCCAGUGAUGAGUAUGAUUAGUGUGUGAUUGUUCCAUACCCUUAAAAACAGAGUGGUAGCAUGGAGGCCAUUCAAGAGGAAUUUGCUCUGAACCUCACUUUCACCAUGCUUUGAGAUGUGGAAAUACCAGUAUUUUACCAUAAGAUGUUCUCCCUUGUUUCCUUCUGAAGAAGAUCCAGUAGAUAUUGAAAGCAGUCCCAGUACUGUUGUGCCUAACACACCAGCAUCCUUAAUAACACGAGUAAUAGUGUAGUUUGAGGACUUACUACAAUGAGAUGGUCCCUCUAAUGCUAGCUAGAUGUGGGUUGUGAUUAAUGUCUGGCAUUUGCAUUUCUCAGGUUUAAAUGUUUCAUUAUUGUAACUCAAGUGCUACCUUGUAUUUUACCCAAUUAAAAAAAUCCUUAUCCACUUUA